AUGCUUCUUCAAAAACAGUUCUUGCGGUACCUUAGGAGUAUCCCCAAAUCCAAUCAAUUUUAUGCACGAACGACUGUAAACCCAAUUGACUUUAAACUCAGACCACCUCCACAGUUCUUGGCCAAGUCAGCAUUAAUCUUUGCUACACCAAACAACUUACAACAGGUUAUCCAAGAUGCCAUUACUCUACAUCAAGAAAAUCAACUACAGAUUGUGGUUGCCGGAAUAGAAACUAUGGUCCCACAAUCUAGUAGGAAUGGUGUAAGUGAGCUCUGGCUAGAAAAUUUGAUGAAGAUUGAGAAUCCACUUUUGUUGGAGGAACGCGAUGAUGUUGAUAAACCGCCAAAGGAAAGCGACGGUAUAAACCCUGUAAGUGCAAGGAAAAAUUGGAAAAACAUCCAUGGCAGUAUCAAUUUACAGCUUCGACCAGAGGUUGAUCUAGAAAUGAGUCUUGCAAAUACUGUAUUUUCUACAGGUUCGAUAUUGACAUUAUUCUAUUUUGAUCCUGACCAAAGGGCAUUGCACUCUGGCGAACAUUUAUGUGAAGUGGAUGUCAAACUACCAAGAGGCGUGGUGCCCUUGCACUCCAAAUUGCACUAUAUUGACCACUGGCAACCAUUGUAUCCGGGUGAGAGUUUCAAAAUCACCAACUGUGUAGGAAAUUUGUUGAAAACGAUUGAAAAGACUCCUGCUGCCAAGUAUUUGGAGAAUAACGAUAGAUUGAUGAGUUUAAAGUCGAAGGAUACUGAAGUUUACGUCAAGAUUAGAGAUCUGAAAACAUCGCUUGUGAGGAGAUUCAAAGUGACAGCAGGUGGUGGGGGAUGGGGUGCCAAGGCAGAUAUCAUUGCAUUAUCACCCGAGGCUAAACCUAAAGUUGGUGAUAGAAUUGAGUUUUUUAUGGUGACCCCUCAAGAUCGUUUUACCGUUAAUGAUAAUCACCUACAAUAUGAGAAUUGCAUGGCAUUUUCCACUUCUUAUGAGCAAACAUCGUUCCAAAUCACCAAUAACGGAGGAGAAAGAGAAAGAGAAAGAGAAAGAGAAAAAGAGGGAGAGGGAGAGGGAGAAGAAAACGGAAAAGAAAAAGUGUUUGAAUUCGCAUUUGGAUGUGGAUCAGAACAAGGGUUUACGCUUAAUGAUGUACGUCACAUAUCUCCUGGAGAGACUGCUGUAAUUAGAUUGUGA